GCAUCCUUCACUUCGACCAAACACUCUCCAGCAAAAUGACUUCGACCUCUCCUCAGAAGUUGCGCAUUGCUAUCCGGCGGUGGAAUUGGCGGCUUAUGCUUCGCCAUUGCCCUCCAGCGUCACUGCGACAUGUCUCGCCUGGACGUCCACAUCUACGAGGCAGCGCAUGAACUCAACCAGGCCGGUGCUGGUAUCGUAUUCUAUUCGCGCACGCUCGGCCUCCUCCAUGACCUUGGCUUCGGCGACGUCCUACACAAGUUCGAAACCAUCGAGCCCCGUGGGUCGCUGGUCUUCAGCCUGCGCAAGAGCGACCAACCCGAGGGUACCUGUAUCCACGAUAUGUUCCUCCCAGGCCCGAUGUGCACCCUCCAUCGCGCAGGCUUCCAGCAGAUGAUCCUCGACGCACUCUCGCCCGAGAUCCACGUCCACCUCGCGCACCGCCUCCUCGCCGUCGACACGCCCACGGACACCGAGGUCGUGCUCAAGUUCAUGAACGGCACGACGGAGACGUGCGACAUCGUCGUCGGCGCGGAUGGGCUACGCUCGAACGUGCGGCCCGCGCUGCUCGAGCGGCUCGUGCAGGCGAGAGUGCUCACCGAGGCCGAGCGCGACGACAAGACCGACCCUGUGUGGACGGGGACGUAUGUAUACCGCGGGCUGAUCCCCUCCGAGGAGCUGCAGGCCAAGUACCCCGGGCACCCAUCUCUGACGAAGCCUGUGCAGUACAUCGGACGGGAUAAGCACAUCACGAGCUACCCCAUCGCGCAGGGCCGCUACGUCAACGUCGUGCCCACCUACUCCGACUUCACCCAGGACCGCACGCACAUCGCGUCCUGCGGCGCGGGCUCCAAAGCCACCAACGACGAGAUCCUGCCGUACUUCGAGGGGUGGGAGGAGCUCGCGACGGUCCUCGUCGAGAACUUCAAGUGCAUCGGCAAGUGGCCGAUCAUGCAGCUCAGCCCGCUGCCCAAGUACGCGGAUGGAAGGAUCAUCCUGCUAGGCGACUCGGCGCACGCCAUGUCCCAGCACCUCGGCGCGGGCGCCGGGCAGAGCAUCGAGGACGGCAUCAUCCUCGCUCGCUGCCUCAACCGCGCCCUAUCAAAGGACGCCGGCCCACCCUCGCCCGCCGCCAUCGCCGCCAUCGUCUCCACCUACAACACCCUGCGCGUGCCCAUCGGGAACUACGUGCAGGAGCGCGCGCGGCUGCAGGGCAAGGUGUACGAGCUCGCCUUCCUCGACGAGCCGGCGCUCAGGCCCGAGGUGUGCCUCUGUGCGGGGGAGUCGACGUUGGCGUUCCCGGGCGAGGUGAAGGGCGCGCUCCCGGACGAGGCGAAGAGCGCGUUUCCAGGCGAGUCCGCGUUCCCGAGCGAGCUGCAGGACACGGACGUGAAGGACACCGUCCUCGGCGGCGUGGCGGAGAAUGCAAGCGCGGCAGUGCCGGCGAAGUCUGAGUCCAAGGCCGAAGAGCAGGCCACCGCCAAGUCCGAGGCCGAAGAGGAGGCAAAGGUAGAAGAGCAAGACAAAGUCGAGGCGAACACCCCCAAGGUCAAGACCGAGGAACAGGCCGCCUCCAAGGUCAAGCAAAUGACCAACAUCUACGACCUACCUCCCCACUACGGCGCGCUCAGCGAGCUCGGCAAGGUCUCCUGCCUCACGACGGAGAACUACAGCUGGCCGAGCAGCCGGUUCGUGCGCCGCUGGGACGAGGAGGCGGAGAGGUUGCUGGCGGAGUGAAGGGCAUGUUGGCGGAGUGAAGAGCAAGUGGUGGGACUGUCGACGACAACUCACGGGACUUGAAGCGACUAGGUAACUCUAUAUGAGCGGAUUUGAAAUUUUAUGUACCCUUGUGUGGACCCGUGUUAUAUAU